AUGGAGCUCUUCCUUCCUACAGAAGCCAGAGUGGAGCCCCACCUGCCAGGCUGUGCCCCAACUCUGCCCCUCUCCCCGUGCCCCCCCAAGCAGCCCAAGCGCUCCCGAGCCGCCUUCUCCCACACCCAAGUCAUCGAACUGGAGCGAAAAUUCAGCCACCAAAAAUACCUCUCAGCCCCUGAACGAGCCCACCUGGCCAAAAACCUGCAGCUCACCGAGACCCAGGUGAAAAUCUGGUUCCAGAACAGGAGGUAUAAGACCAAGAGGAAACAAGUGGCAGCAGAAAUCAGCAGGUUGGACACGCGUCUGGUCGGGCAAAAAGCCACCGAGGUGCCCGGAGCAUCAGUGCUGGCAUUGAGGGGGGGUUGGCACUACCUGCCCUGCCUCUACUAUUUGAAUGGUUGGAAUCCCUCCUGGUGCUUUUGA